AUGACCGACGAUAUUGAUGUUUCCAGACGCAACAAAAAGCCUCGCCCGUUGCUUGACUCAGAGAGGGUAAAACUCGAAGAGUUCAUCGAUGCGAUUCACUAUUCAUCCCGGUAUUCCGACAGUGAAUACGAGUAUCGACACGUGCAACUGCCGAAGAACAUGCUCAAGAAGAUUCCCCAAGAAUAUUUUGAUACCUCCAAAGGCACUUUGAAGCUACUCUGGGAGGAGGAAUGGCGUGGCCUUGGCAUAACUCAGAGUUUGGGAUGGGAGCAUUACGAAGUUCACGAACCAGAGCCACACAUUCUCCUUUUCAAGCGACCCAUUAAUUACCAACCUCCUGCGCAAUAG